CCUCUCUCCAGUCGAUGGUGCAGAAACAUUACUACAACGGAUGGUAAGAUGUCGAGGCAACACCUAUUGCUACCAGGGUAUUGCCUCUCUUUGCUCUUAAGGUUUUGUUUCGACUUUGCCAUGGAAGCGGGCCAUUUUACACAGUGAAAACGACAACCACCCGCGCAACCUCAGAUAAUCGAAUGGUCUAAGCGUGCGUGGCAUUAACAUUUCUCGGUAUACCUGGUGAGUUUAAUUAUGCAACAAUUCAAUGGAAAAAAAACGACGUCCAAACGCGACACCGGGCAGAGUUAUGAACUUACCCAUUGAACCUGCGUAUGCUGAAGGAGGAGUCAGUCGAAUUCUCCCUUAACACACCCACACCCCAAUCGAACGCUGGACUGUAGUCAAGUUACUAUCCCAACGAGAUUCCAUCGCUCAGUACAACUUCUGUUUUAGAAGCAAAAUCUAUUAAGUAUAUUUGUAUAAACAGUUGGACAAGUACUGUUUUUCUUAUAGUUUUUCGAAGUAGCCUUAGGCUACCGUUCGUCAGGUGUGUUGGGCAAGGUGCCCGAAAAAGAUGUCCAAUGGGAAAGAUGCACAUGCAGUGGAGAACUCCACAAAACUGACCCUGCAGUUGUGCCUUGAGGAGUGUAUGGAGGCCCUGGACCUCUUCCUGAACAACCACUUCAGUGAGAGCCUGGACAAGCUGCGUCCACGGGUGAAGGAGAGCAUGUACCACGCCCUGAUCUACGCCACUGUGAUGGAGAUGCAGGCUAUGAUGACUUUCCAGCAGGAUGACAUUGUCACCGCAGGCAACACCAUGAAGAGUGCCCAGGAGGUAUGCCAGAGGUUUAGACGAAAAUCUCCUAGUAAUAUCAGUAAAUCACACGGAGAACCUCUUACUGAAGAACAGGUUCAUGCUAUCCAUGCUGAGGCUUGUUAUGCUGAAUGCUUGCUCCAGAGGGCCGCUCUCACAUUCCUACAGGAUGAGAACAUGGUGAGUUUUAUCAAAGGAGGAAUCAAAGUACGCAACAGUUACAUGAUUUACAAGGAGUUGCAUGCCAUCAUACGCUCAAACAGCUCUCUCCAAGGACCCAACCAUGUUCACUUAGAGGGAGGGGUGUCUUUUGGAAUUGGAGCAUUUAACUUGACUCUAUCCAUGUUCCCUCCUCGAAUACUGAAGGUUUUAGAGUUUGCAGGCUUCUCUGGAGACAAGGAGUAUGGUCUGUCCCAGCUGCAUGAGGGUGCCACUACACACAACCUGCGCUCCAUGCUGUGUGCUCUGCUGCUGCUCUGCCACUACACCUUCCUCACCUUCAUACUCGGCACCGGUGAGGGAGACAUGGCAGAUGCUGAGAAGCUGCUGAAGCCUUUCCGGCUCCGUUACCCACAGGGGGCCAUAUUUCUGUUCUUCGCGGGCAGGGCUGAGGAGAUCAAGGGGAACAUCGACGAGGCAGUGGCGCUGUUUGAGGACGGCUGCAAAGCUCAGCAGCAGUGGAAGCAGUUUCACCACAUGUGCUACUGGGAGCUGAUGUGGUGUUUUACUUACAAGUGUGUUUGGAGGAUGGCCUACUUCUACGCAGACCUGCUGAGCAAAGAGAGCCGCUGGUCCAAGGCCAUGUAUGUGUACAUGAAGGCUGCUUAUCUGAGCAUGCUAGCUCCCGGGGAGGCCAGGCCAUUUGGAGAAGAUGAGGUGGAGCUCUUCAGACAGGUGCCCCAUUUCAAGCAGAAGAUAGCCGGGAAGUCUCCCCCUACAGAGAAGUUUGCCAUUCGCAAGGCUAGGCGUUACAAAGCAAGCUGCCCAGUGAGACUUCCUGUACCUGUGCUGGAGAUGAUGUACAUGUGGAACGGCUUCUCCAUGAUCAGCAAGCGGCCUGAGCUGAAUGAGGGAGUGCUGCAGACGCUGGUGGAGGCAGAGCGCACUCUGCUGGAAUCUGCUGGGAAUGAGUAUUCAGUAGAUGACCGCUGUGUUAUCUACCUGCUGAAGGGACUGUGUCUGAAGAACAAGGGGUUGAUUCAGGCUGCUGAGGAAUGCUUCCGCUUGGUGUAUAACAGUGAGAAGAAGUUAAAGUUUGACCACUACCUGGUGCCCAACGCUCUGCUGGAGCUCAGUGUGGUCUACAUGGACACAGGCCGCAAGGAGGAGGCCAUUAAACUGCUGUUGAAAGCCAAAACCAACUACAAGGAGUACUCCAUGGAGUCACGCACCCAGUUCAGGAUCCACGCAGCCCUCUCCAAACUCAAGGCUGACUCCAGCGACCAAGAUGAAAUCACAGCACUGUAGUAAUAACAGGUGUGUCAUUGUGCAGAGCAAGCACUGGACUCCAUGUAGGCCUUCUUGGAAUCCUUGUUUACAUUUAUAUUUAAGUUAUUUAGCAGACCCUCUUAUCCAGAGUGGUGUAGAGUAUAUACAUUUCCAGUGGGGGAAAAAAAGCCCAUAACCUUCGAGUUGCAAGCGCCAUGCUUUACCAGCUGAGCUACAGGGCCUUUUACGUUCUCUGAUUACUGACUUGAUUACUGACUCCAACUGUUAGUUGCUGAGGGAAUGGAUUCUUCUUAAUGUUUUCAACUUGGUGGGACACAAUUAUUGACUGAUGCUUGCUAAUGAGGUCUGAAGGAAUCAGCAAAAUUAAUUACAUUUUGAUUAAAAAUGACUGUGUGUGUAUAGGGAUGUGUCCUCUAUCACAGACAUUUGGAUGUAUGGUACUUAUUAUGUCAAUGAACUGGCCACCUGUAACAGUGGGUGGAAAGCAAUUACUCAGCACCAAUUUUAAUUAAUUGUGGACAAUGUGUUUAAAACUCAUUAAAAAAAGUUUUUUUUUUUUUUUAUGAACAAUGUAAAUAACGCUGUGUGUUUCAAAUGUUUUAUUUUGAUGCGUGGAUUUUAGUGUGCAGUCAUACAGAGGUGUGAGUUCCAGAUUGUAGCAAUGUUAAAAAGAAGUGAGUGGCUGUUGGGCCAACACCACUCACUUUCAACGAUCUGAUUCACAUUAGAUUAGAUUAAAUUUCAUUGCCACUGAACAUUGAGUACAGUACAAUGAAAAGCAGCUAGCAUCUAAUCAGAAGUGCAAAGAGAAGAGGGCAUGACAUUUACAGUUAAGUAUAAUGUAAGUUACAAGUGGAAUGUGUAGAUGUGCAAUGAAGGCAAAUAAAGUGCAAAAGGCAGUAGGUGGGAAGAAACUGUUCCUGAGCCUGCUGGUGUGGGAACAAAGAGACCUGUGCCGCCUGCCUGAUGGUAGGUAGGCAAACAGUCACACUGUGUGAUCAAAUGGGAAGCAUUUAGCUGCUACACCCAGGACAAUGUCGGUAGUAUUUUAGCAAGCUCACAGUUGUCAGUGACUACUUAGGUCUUUGUUCUAGACAGAGCACUUUAUUUGCUUUUUGCAGUCUUUAUUAUUUCAGGUUACUCUUCGACAGACCUGAUUUCCAUGAAUGCCACCGUUUGUCACUGUUUUAUGUUGUUGGGUGAUUGUGGAGGCCAGGUCUUCUGAUGCAACGCAGUCACCCUCCUUGGACAAAUAGCCCUUAAACAGCCAGGAGGUGUGUUUUGGGUCGUAGUCCCACUAAGCACAAACCAUAGGACAUGGCGCACUGCUACAGAAUGCUGUUGUAGCUAUGCUGGUUGAGUGUGCCCUGAAUUUUAAAGAAAUCCACCAGCAAAGUACCCCCAAAGUCUUCACACCUCUGCCAUGCUUCACGGUGGGAACUUAACUGUAAUCUUGGGUGCAGUUAAUUGCCAAUAUCUGGGGGUGGUAACUAAUGAACCUAUCACCGGUAGCAGAGGUAACUCUGGGUUUUCUUUUCCUGUGGCGAUCCUCAUGAUCGGCAGUUUAAUCACAGCGCUUGAUGGUUAUUGGAUCUGCACUUGGGAAACGUAUAUAAAUACUUGAUGUUUACCAGACUGACUGACCUUCAUGUCUCUUUGCUUAGCUGUGUCAUAAUAUGGACCACUACAGGACAGACAUGAUGAUGACCAUCUGUAUAACCAACCUAACAUGUCACAACAUAACUGGCAAAUACAUGUUCAUUGAAAUGCAUUCCAGAUGACCACCCAUGAGGCUCAUUGAGAAAAAGCUGUCAUCAAGACAAUGGGUUGCUACUUUGAAGAAUCUAAAAUACAUUUAAUUUCUUUAGCACUUUUUGGGUUACUACAUGUUUCCAUAUUUGUUAUUUAAUAGUUUUGACGUCUUCACAAAUAUUCUACAGUGUGGAACAUAGUAAAAAUAAAGAACUGCCCUCGAAAAAGUAGGUGCGUCCAAACCUUUGACUGGUACUAUAGAUAUAUAUAGAAAUAUGUAAAUGAAUACCUU